CUAUCAACAUUUCUUAAAAAAAAAAUAAAAAAAAAAUAACACAAUUUUUAAAAUUUCUUUUCGUUAUGUAUUUGUAAAUUCCGAAAGUGAAACUCAACUUGCAGCAUGGAAGAGUCCAAUUUCGCAAAGAAAAAGGAAGAGACGCAGACACAGACGCAGACCCCGGAGCAAAUGCGAGAGGAGGAGAUGGCGGCGAUAGCAGCUAAGGAAAAUCAGCAGGUGUCCAAAGAUGACACACUCAAAGGGUCAGAACCUCCAAAGAAGUGGGAAGCAAAAAAAGAAAUCGACAAAACGGAAUCCAAAUCAAGUAAAAUAAAAGACAACGAAGUAAUGAAAGAGUCUGAUAAACCUGAGGAAGAAAAAGAGACAAUAGAAGAAUCAAAGCCCAGCAAACAAGAAGAAAGUCCACAAGUAAAAAAAGAGCCAGAAAGCCCCAAAGAAAUUAAGAAAGGCGAAAAUAUUUCGAAAAAUGAAAGUGAAAAUCUCAAAAAAGUUGAACCAGAAGAAAAUAAGAAAGAAGUCAAGGAUGAGCCAGAAAAUUCUGUAGAAGACGAAAAGAAAAUUGAGGAAGCGAAGCCCUUAAAGGAAGAAGACAAAAAGCACUUAGAAAGUCCGAAAGCAGAGAAAGAACCAGAGCCGAAAAAAGAAGAAGAAACAGAGGAGCCAGAAAAACCUAAAGAAAAAGAAAAGAUAGAAGACCCUAAGCCUACGAAAAAAGAGUUGAAAAAAGCUGCAAAAGAGGCAGAAAAACAGGAAAGAAUAGAGAAAGCUAGGGCGAAAAGGGCCCAAGAGGAAGCAAACAAGCAGAGUGCCGGAGAGAUCACUGAUGAAGAUGUGCCACAGAGGACAGUAGACAAAGGUUGGGCCUUAGCCCAAGCCACUGACGAUAAAAAGGAAGUCAGAGUAAGCGACGAUUCAAAGGCGGACUCGUCUUCGGAUACAACGGGAAAAAGCAAAAAAAGUUCCUGGUUUAAUUUUUCACUUAUAAAAAGAGAGCCAUCAAGGUUCAAGCCGACUAUCAAUCCUGAUCAUCCCUCAAGCUCGCCUCAAUCUGUGGACAAUGCUAUCAAACUUCGAAAGGCUAAGCAACGAUAUAAGCAGGAAAUGGCCCACCUCAGACAGAGUUAUGAGUAUCGUUUGGGUCUAGUGAGGCAAUUAAAACAAGAACUUAAAUCGAACUUCAAGUCCGAUCAGCAACAACUUCAUAGCAGCUAUCAACUGCAGAUUCAUGAUAGGGAGAUUGGUUCCAGUGCUGAACCUAGUUCAGAGUCGGAUUCCACCCGCAAACCGGAAGUCCAAGAUAACAAAGAUGACAAGGCUUCAACUUAACCAAUUUAAUAUGCGCAUUUUGUGUCUACCCAAAACCCUCGUCUCUUAUGCCCACUCAAAAGUUUGCUGCAUCUCAUUAGGAGUGCAAGUCCAGUUUUC